UCGGCGGCGCGCGCCUAGCGGGGGGCGCCGCGCGGUGCAGCCACGAUGGAAGGGGGUGCGUACGGAGCUGGCAAAGCCGGGGGCGCCUUCGACCCCUACACCCUGGUACGGCAGCCGCACACCAUCCUGCGCGUCGUGUCUUGGGUUUUCUCCAUUGUGGUCUUUGGCUCCAUCGUGAACGAGGGCUACCUCAACAACCCGGAGGAGGAGGAGGAGUUCUGCAUCUACAACCGCAACCCUAAUGCCUGCAGCUACGGCGUGACUGUGGGUGUGCUGGCCUUCCUCACCUGCCUGCUCUACCUGGCGCUGGACGUGUACUUCCCACAGAUCAGCAGUGUCAAGGAUCGCAAGAAGGCCGUGCUGUCUGACAUCGGCGUCUCGGCCUUCUGGGCCUUCUUCUGGUUCGUGGGUUUCUGCUUCCUGGCCAACCAGUGGCAAGUCUCCAAGCCUAAGGACAACCCUCUGAACGAAGGGACGGAUGCAGCCCGCGCUGCCAUCGCCUUCUCUUUCUUCUCCAUUUUCACUUGGGCGGGCCAGGCUGUGCUAGCCUUCCAGCGGUACCAGAUUGGCGCCGACUCGGCCCUCUUCUCACAGGACUACAUGGAUCCCAGCCAGGACUCCAGCAUGCCUUAUGCACCCUACGUGGAGCCCAGCGCUGGGCCGGAUCCUGCUGGCAUGGGUGGCACCUACCAGCAUCCAGCCAACGCCUUCGAUGCUGAGCCCCAGGGCUACCAGUCGCAGGGCUACUGAGCCCCUGGGUUGGUGGUGACAGUGACCGCCUACCCUGCCCCUGCCCUGUCAUCCUAGCUCCCCUCCCUAACACCCUGCCCCCUCCAGGUGACCCUGCCUAGCACCUAACUCAGCCUCCAAGUGACUCCACUGAGGCCCAGUGCGGCUGGGGUGAGGAGUUGGGGAACCAGGUGGGGUGUGUCCACAUGUAUGUGCAAGUGUGUCCCCAGCAGGGGUCUAGAGGGUGGGGGCCCAGGGGUUACAGUCAUUCGUUGUGUCCUUGAGCAUUCACUGAGCACCUACUGUAUGCCAGGCCUUGCUCAGCUGGAGAG